AUGGACUUUUCAGGUAAACCGCAACUGAUGAAGUUUGUUGAAAAAUUGGCACGAAUCAUUCGAGCCCGUGUCCCGUUGGAUGCUCCUUUCUCGCUGAGGUUUGUGCAGCAAAUGAGUCGCGUUCUCAACUCCCGACCAGAGUGUGCGGCACCCUUAUUUGAGUCACUUCGUCCUUUGAAAAGUUCCAUAAUAAGUCAUUCACUGGCGCGACUUCAUCAAAUUGUGGAGCAGCAUGAUUUUGCCACCGUACAGAAUAGCGUCUUCGUUGAUAUGCUGGUGUCUGCCAUUGAAGAAGAAAUGAAACGUUUAGAAUGGGAUAUGGAAUUGCGAGCAGAGAUGCAGAAGAACACGCAGAAAUGUUUGGAUAUGGUAGCCAAACGACUUGAAUCAGAAGUUAAACUUGAUUCUGAGAACUUGCUCCUUGGUGAUCGCUUGAGGGGUGACCAGCUCAAAAAUUAUCGCCUAUUAGAAAUCGCUAAUAACUUGGCUGCUAAAUUCCCGUCACAAGCUACAUCACUUCUAACAUUCGAGCAAGAAUCCGUUUCUUCUAUCAUGGAGGCCAUCCGUGGAAGUGUAUUCACAAUAAUCGCUUCAAUGCACCGUGAGAUGAAUGGAAGUAAGGGGAUUUCGCCUUACAUGCAGGAGCUUUUGGCUUACAUUGGUCGUAUUGGGUUCCAUUUUUCGCAUUUUCCUUCCACUAUUCGGCAUACCUCCGCCCUGUCGUCGAUGUCAGACUACAUCAUCCAUAUAUUCAUCGUGCACGCCACCUUAGUGAGGCCUCUAACCGAUCUCAUCCGAGAACAACUGCACACGGACCUGGAAAAGUAA